AUGUAUCACUUCAAGAUCAACAGAAAGCGCCGUCUAAUCGCCACAAUAGCGAUAUCUGGCGGCUUCUUCAUCGCAGAGCUGGUCGUCGGAUAUCGCACAAAGUCUCUAGCUCUGAUAGCAGACGCCUUUCACUACGAAAACCCCUCCGCCUACAUCCCUACCCUUUGGCUGGAAUCGCGCCCAGAUCUCGAAGACCCAAUACUGAUUCUGAUCAUGGGCUGCAUCGGUCUCGGGCUCAACAUGAUAGUCCUUAGUUUCCUCCACGACACAGAACCUCAUCUUCACGAACAUACCCAGGAAACAAGACACCACGACGAAGACCACACUCACACCGGCGACCUCAACAUGCUAGGCGUCCUCCUCCACGUCCUAACCGAUGCCCUAAACAACCUCUCCGUCAUAAUCGCCGCCCUCAUCAUCUGGAAAUCUCCUUCCGAUAACCGCUUCUACGCCGACCCGGCCAUCGGCAUCUUCAUCGCCCUAACAAUCACGCUCUCCGCUGUGCCCCUCUGCCGGCGCGCGGGCCAGAUACUGAUGGAGAGCGCGCCUGCGGGCCUCGACGUCGAGUUUGUCCGGGGGGAGAUGCUAAAAGUCCCAGGAGUCCAAGAAGUUUCAAAUGUAUUCGUCUGGCAGCUAGACCAGACAACAAGCCUCGCGACAGCACACAUCACCAUAACGGAAAACAGCGUCAGAAGCUUCGCGUCUACAGCCGAUGCUAUUGGCUUAACAUUACUACCAUACGGAAUCCGCUCCGUCGCACUGCAGCCUGCCACCACACAGCGACGGCCGCACCACGAGGCCCAGGAAGGAAUAAAAGUUUCUUGA